AUGAAGUUAGUGCACAUUAAGUACAGAUCGAACACAGCAACAAGCUCGUCAGCAGCAACAAGACAAAUCGAUUUAGCAAGGGCCUCUGCCGAACAGAGGCCAUAG